CUUAACUCUCCCCCAAGUUGACUUUUAAAGCCUUUUACCACCUGUCCCCCACCUUACCUUUUCAAACUACUUAUACUUUACUCUGUUCCAAAUACUCUGAUUCAGGAUACUUGCUAAUCCUCAUACAGGACACUCCAUCUACGAACUUUUCAGUGGCUGCAUUUCACAUCCAUAUCUGAAAUUCCUUCCCUCCUCACUUCCAUCUCCUGGCUGCCCUAAUUCCUUGAAGACUGAACUCAGAUCUCUUCUUCUGUAAGAUGCCUUUCUCAGUUCCCCUUCCCUCAGAGAUUAUCUCCCAUUUACAUAUUAUAUAUCUUUUAAGUACAUGGUUGUUUCAUGUUGUCUUUAUCAUUAGACUGUGAGCUUCUUCGUAUUCUUAGCACAGUGCCCAGUAGAAGGAAAAUAUUUAAUUAAUGCUUGUUGACUGAACGACUGCAUAUCACAUCUUAGAAAGUUAUUGAUAAAUUAUUGUUCAUAACAAUUGGUUAAAGGAAUUGUAGAUGUUUUUGUUUUAAGAAGAGAAAAUGCAAAGGUGACAUUGUGAUCCUUAAAUUUCUAAAGAGCCAUCAUGUAGAAAAAAAAGAGGAUUUUUUCAUUAAAGGUUCAUUAUUCUCUUCUUUAGAGGAGUGCCUCAGGCUUGGCUAUUGUUUGGUUCUAUGAUAUUGAACAUUUUUAUCAGAUAAAAGGGAGAGAGAUGUCACCCUCAUCAAAGUUUUGGUUACACAGAACUGGGAAUGGAUGGAUGGAUGAAAAUCAGGAUCCAUAAAGAUUUCGACAGAAUAGAGCAAAGGACAUAUAGUUGUGGGCCACAUGUAACCUACAAUACUCCUGAGUGUAACUUGAAUCAGAUUAAAAUGUAAUUGGGAAAUUUUAGAACAACAUACAUUUUAAAAAUACAAUAGGUAAUACUAGAUUUUAAAAUUGAAUCAUUCUGUGGCCCACAGGGAUCUUUAGAUCCCCCGUUUCUAUUUGAGUUUAACACCAUUGGAUUUUAGAGCAUGGGAUUGUCUAGUAAGAUGAAAUUCAGUAAAAAUACCUGGCAUUUAACAAAUCAAAUAUAAAACUGUAAAAUGAUGGAGACAUGAUUAGAUUGUAGAUGAAAAGGACUUUAGGAUUUUCAUGGACUGAAAGAUCAAUAUGAACCUGGAGUAUGAUAUGGCAGUCAAAAAAGUAUUCAAUACUGUCUUGGGCUACAGUGAAGAAGAUACAGCUUAGGGAAAUAAGGAAUCCAUGGUUGUAUUGCAUUCUGCCUCAAAUCAUACCUAGAGUAUCAAGUGUAGUGCUGAGCUCUUGAGUUUAAGAAAUAUAUGCUAGAGGAAUAUCCAAUAAGCAGGAUUAGAAAAGGCUUUGAGACCAGUUUGUAUGAAGAUCAGUUGAAGUAAUUUGACAUGUUUAACCAAGAAAAGGAAAGACUUCUAUCUGUCUUCACAAAUUUGAUGGGCCAUCAUGCACAGUUUAGCCUCAGAGAGUAGAACCAUGACCAAUGGUUUAAUUUAAUGUCAAGAAAAACUUUAAUAAAAUUAGAGCUAUCAAAAAAUAAAAUGGGCUGCCUGAGGAAGCAGCAGGUUUGUUCUCCCUCAAAGAGGUUUCGUAGCAGAGAUUGAAUGUCCACUUGAGGCCUAUGUCAUAAUGGGGAUUCCUUUAGAGACUAUGAUUUUGACUAAAUGUCCUGCAAGAUCUUCCAUUUCUGAUAUUUUAUGAGAUUCUUGCUACAGCUGAUAACUAAGUACAAUGGAUAGAAGCUAUAGAGGCAGAUUUUGUAUUAAUAUAAACGAAUGAGGUAUCUCAGGAAAUGUCUCACUGGACAUUUUUAAGCAGGGACUGAAUGAAUGAUCACUUGUCUGGGAUUUUUGAGAAACAAUUCCUGUUUAGGUCUAGAAAUAAAAUUAUGUGAGCCUUGGAAGUUCCUUCUGAAUUUGUGAGUGUUUGUAUACUGGUACAGUCCUGCUUUUACAUAGGAAAAUUAACUAGAUGGAUUCUUAAAAGUCUUUUUUGUAUUUUUUCUGAUUUUGUAUAUCUAAUUUCACCUCAUUUAAAAAACUAAAUUAAACAGUUUCAACACAUGGAUGUAUAGUCAGAAGGGAAAAAAUGUUUCAGAAUGUUGCUUAAAAGGACUGUUGCUGAUUGGAUGGAAAUAAUCAGAAUCUUAUGGUUGGUCUAACUGACUUAAACAGCUGAUCUAACUGAUUUGAACAGUUGGUGCCACUUCUUUUCAGAUUAAUAUUGGAGGAAUUUCUGAAGAAGGAAAAUUUCAUUCUGUGCCUUUGGCCAUACACAGACUAAUUGACAUUUCAAGUCCCUCUUGGUCAUAGCUGGACAGCAUUGAUUUUAAAAAAUGGUCAAAAGAGCCCAAAAGAUUUCAAGAAAUGAAAUAGUGAACUACUUUUGAGAUGUUGUACAACAAAUGUGGAGGUGCUUUUUAUUCAUGGAAAUGUUGUGGAUUAAAAGAAAUCUACUGAAUCUAUAAUAAUAUGGAAGAAAAUGAAGAUGGCAAUAGGAUGCCGUUAGUCCAGAGCAGAAUCCCCUGUGAUCCUUCUUGACACUGUCCUACUGGAAAAUCUCAAAUUAACCAAUCCGUCUUUGAAGAAGGGAGUAAGGGAGUACAUUUCAUGCAUUGAUGAUAGCCAGUGCAAAGGACACAAAGAUGCUAUGAGAAAGACCAACAAGAUCAUUAAAUUCCUGUAUCUAAAGUAUAUGUCUUCCCAUUAUUCUAUAAAGAACCAGCUGUGAUAGAAGGUAGCCUGUUAGCCAUUCUCCAACUGAUGAACAUCUUCCACAAGUCUUCAACAUCAUUGAUGAACAUGAUUUUUGAAGCUGUGCUGUGUUUCAUGUGAUAAAAAUCUCAGGACCAAUUAAAUUCCUGAAGACCUGCCAGAUCCUAUUGGCUAAAAUGGGGAUUUGCCAGGCCCCAGGUUCUGAAUUACAAAGAAGAGGCAAUACAAAUAUGACUCAGUUAAAGGAGUGGAGACUUCUGUAAGACAUGGAUAGAUGCAAACAUGUAGGGCGGUUACGACUCGCCCAGGACCAUUCUAUCCUGAAUCCUCAGAAGUGGCACUGCAUGCAAUGUAACACCACAGAGUCUGUCUGGGCAUGUCUGAAGUGCUCUCAUGUGGCCUGUGGACGAUACAUUGAGGAACAUGCAUUUAAACAUUUUGAAGAAACCAGACAUCCAUUGGCUAUGGAAGUCAAUGAUCUCUAUGUGUUCUGUUACCUUUGUGAAGACUAUGUUUUGAAUGAUAACCCUGAAGGGGAUCUGAAACUGCUCAGAAGUACUCUCUCAGCAAUUAGGAGCCAGAAGCAGGAUCUGUCUGCGAGAAGUGGUAGGAUGCUUCGGUCAAUGGCUUCAGGAGAGGACGUGUUCCAACCUCAGCAGGUUCCUCAGGGACAGCCCCAGAUGUUGACAGCUCUGUGGCACCGGCGUCAGUGUCUGCUGGCUAAAGCGCUGAGGAUCUGGUUUGGAAAAAGCACGAGAGGCCAACAGAAAUUGGAGCAAAGAAAGCAAAUAGAGGAGUUGGAGAAGAAGAAGGAAGCUGCGAGGCAGCGGAGGCAGGAGAUGAAGCGCCGCCUCCUUGAGGAGCUGGCCAACACCCCUCCCAGGAAGAGUGCAAGACUGCUUUCUCAUGUUCACCAAGCAAAUUUGAUUCCCAGGAAAUUCAGAGAGAUAGCAACAAGUUCCCCUACCUCAAGAAGAGUGCAGAGUAGCAAAUUUAAGCCGUUUUAUUCCAUCCGCCGAAAGCCAAUGGUGACACCCGGUGUAACAGGUCUGCGAAACCUGGGUAACACCUGUUACAUGAACUCUAUCCUUCAAGUGCUCAGUCACCUCCAGAAAUUCAGAGAAUGUUUUUUGACCCUUGACCUCUGUGAAACGGAAGAACUGCUUGCCAAAACAGCCAAUGGGAAGUCUCAGAUGUCAAGUAAAUUGGCAAAUGGAUCUCCUACUGAUGAGUCAACAAGAAAUGACAGAAUUGAACCAUGCAGUAGGCAGGGCUUACCUACUGGCUUGAAUGGUGGGUCUUCCAUAAACAGGAGCUUAGAACUAAUACAGCCUAAGGAGCCAAGUUCAAAGCACAUUUCUCUCUGUCAUGAAUUACAUACCCUCUUCCGUGUUAUGUGGUCUGGGAAGUGGGCCCUGGUAUCUCCAUUUGCCAUGCUCCAUUCUGUUUGGAGCUUGAUCCCUGCCUUUCGGGGCUAUGACCAGCAAGAUGCUCAGGAGUUUCUCUGUGAGCUACUGGAUAAAGUCCAGCAGGAGCUGGAAUCAGAGGGAACCAAGCGUCGGAUCCUCAUCCCCUUUUCCCAGAGAAAACUCACCAAGCAGGUUCUGAAGGUGGUGAAUACAAUAUUUCAUGGGCAGCUGCUCAGUCAGGUCACAUGCAUCACAUGCAAUUACAAAUCUAAUACUAUUGAGCCCUUCUGGGAUCUGUCCCUGGAAUUCCCUGAGCGUUAUCAUUGCAUAGAAAAAGGGCUUGUGCCUUUUAAUCAGACUGAGUGCAUGCUUACGGAGAUGUUGGCCAAAUUCACAGAGACGGAGGCCCUGGAAGGGAGGAUCUACGCAUGUGACCAGUGUAACAGCAGACGGCGUAAAUCCUCUCCCAAGCCCCUGAUUCUGAGUGAAGCUAGAAAGCAGUUAAUGAUCUACAGACUACCUCAGGUCCUCCGACUGCAUCUAAAGCGAUUCAGGUGGUCUGGACGUAAUCACCGUGAGAAGAUUGGGGUCCAUGUCGUCUUUGACCAGGUAUUAACCAUGGAACCUUACUGCUGCAGGGACACUCUCUCCUCUCUUGACAAAGAAACCUUUGCCUAUGACCUCUCCGCAGUGGUGAUGCAUCACGGGAAAGGGUUUGGCUCAGGACACUACACAGCAUAUUGCUACAACACAGAGGGAGGUUUUUGGGUCCACUGUAACGACUCCAAGCUGAAUGUAUGUAGUGUCGAGGAAGUGUGCAAAACCCAGGCCUACAUCCUUUUUUACACUCAAAGAACAGUGCAGGGCAACGCAGGAAUCUCUGAAACCCAACUCCAAGCUCAGGUGCGAUCCAACAACAGUGAUGAGGACAGAAGAUUGACAUUUCCCUGAAGGGAUCAUGGGUCACCCAAUGACCUCUGGCUUGUUUUUGAAACUGUCGGUGUUCAUACAUCCUUCCUCUUUGUAGGAAUUAAGGCUGACUGAAGGAACAGAUUUGCCACACUCUGGGGUCAAGAGUAGGAGUUGUCAGGCUAUUUAGUCCUGUCAUGAAAAUUUGUAGUCAGUUUCUUUUUAAUGUAUUUGGAUAUUCCCCACUUUCCAUAAAACAGAACAAAAGGAACAACCUCUUUAGUCAUCAUCCUUUUUAUCACCACCUCUCCAUUACAAAAGGGGGAUCUUGGCAUUAGGGAGAUAAAUGUAAAAUGAUGGUGUUUAACAAGAUAAGAAGCCUUGUUAUAAUCUCUCCAUUAUGCCUUCCCCCUCCUCCUAAUCAGUGCAAACCAGCACUCUGAGCAGGUAUAGCCCCAGCUAUUAGUUAUUCCCAAGUGAGGAGUCCUAGACUUAAGCCAACUGCCUUAUCAGGUUGGUUAACCCCAGCUUUAGGCUAGAUAACACAUGUCCCAGGUCUGGGUGGUAGUUGGAUUGUUUGCAAUUAAAGAAUUUGGCUCUGACAACAGGAAAUUUGGAUAGAUGUGUGCUAGGCAUUUGUCAAUCCAGGAUAACACUUGGCUGGGGAAUCAUUGCAAUUAUGCACUAAAAGGGGGGGAAAAAAGCAAACCACAUGAAAAGUGCCCAUGGAACAUUUUUUUGUCUUAAAAAAAAUGUCAUUACCAACUCUAGGAAGACAAAUUCUGAAGUUUUCUUAAGCUUUUUUGGAUGAGCAGAGUGUAAACCAAGAUCCCUACAUGAAGCAAAAUCAGUAGUCACUUUAAAAAUGCAACCAGGCUUUUGAAGUGUCUUAUGCAUUCAUUGCUCAUUUAUGUAUCAUCUCUGGGUAGCCUAUUGCUCCACUUAACAAUAGCUCUCAUAGGAAAGCAACAUCAGCAAAGUCCAUCCAUUUCACUCCACUGCUUACCUCACUGCUGGAGUAAGUCUUAGAGCUGUAGGUCUGAAUCAUGGGCCUGAGAUGUAUGUCUGUCCUUGGGUCAGUCAUCUAUUCCUAGGCUUCUCCAAAAAAUCAAGUUAUUGGGAAUAGAGAAGCCCUUUAGUCUGGUAUUUAAUAUAUCUUGAAUGUUCACCAUGUUCCACAGCCCAACUCACUGACAUUAUAAACAUCAUAAAGAGCAUGGGCCUCAGUCAUAUACUGAAGAUUUGUAUUAUCCUGAGGAAUGGCAGUUGCUCAGAAACGUGUUCCCACUGUAGCUGCAGCUUGUUGCAGGUAACUGCUUCUGGGCCUGGUCAGAUUCCUCCCAGAUUUCUUGGGAAUUCAGGAUCACUUAGAACUAUACUACCUGUUAGAGAAUUAAAAGGUGAUGUGAUCCAGGUGCUGGUGAAAUGUACCUUACUCUUUAAAUUGGAUCCAUAGCAAAAACUAAUGAAAUUUCACAAGUUGACCUUAAAUACGAAUGUACCAGCCACCACUGAUCUUACCUUGUGAGCCCUUUGGCUUUGGCAACUCAAUUGAAAGUCAUUUGCAAACCAUAACAGCAUUGUAGCUGUUGCUACAGUGAAUGAAGCCUCAGCUUAUCAAUAUGAAUGCUCAUCUUUUGACUGAGUAUAUCACAUUAAUAUUUGAAUUCAGGUAGAGGUACAGCUGUCAAAUGAAUGGAAUAAGAGUUGAAAGGGGUUUUGGGAGGGAGGAAAGAUGGGGUUGGAGAGAAAGGAAGAAGCUGAAGAAAGAGGGUAGGUUUAGCCAUGCUGAUGAAUGGGAUCUGUAGCAUUUGCUGUUGACCUCUUUUGAGAUGGUCCCUCCCACAAAUGACCUACCAAACAGCACUGAGACAUGGAGACAUUACAAAGAAAGAUAGCUUACCCUUGUAGGGAGGAGAGUAACUAUACUUUGAAUUAAACUUGCUUUUUCCAACACUGUGAGGUUUCUGUAAUAUUUAGCUUUUAUUUGGAAGCGAUAGCGUAUAGCAUUUUUUAUGCUGUUUGGUUUAUAUUGUCUCCUGCAGGCUUCUUUAUAUAAGCUUUGCCCAGGGCUCACUCUGCAGUACACUGUUUUAAAGUGUCGAAACGCCAGGGCCACCAGAGGAGGUUCUUAUGUGGAGUUAAGCUCUCGAGGCCCAAAUUGUUAAUCUGCACAAUUGGGAACAAUGUUUUUCGUGGUGACGGCAAAACCCAUUUACCCCAAGAGCUAAGGAUAGUAAACCUGUUAAAAGGAAAAUAAGAAUCGUGCCUCAUCUUUCACUAAAUUCUAUAUUUAUUAUUCUAGAAUUAUAGAAAUUAAAAGAUAGAAAGGACUAAUAGAGUACCUACUCCAUUCCUCUUGCCAGUCCAGGGGGAAACUGUUUUUAAAAGAUAAAAAGCAACACAAUGCGAUAGGUUAAUACAAAUAUUCAAAUUUAAUUAAAAAAAAAUUAGUUUUAUACCAAAUGAUUAUAAGGAUUAUUAAGCUGAUAAAAGAAUGUGUAAAGUAAAUGCUUAACUUGGCCAAACACCAAUAGAUCAAAAUAAUUUUUAAAUACCUUUUUUUUUUUUUUUUUUUAAAUUAUAGAAACAUGAGAACUACUAUUCUAAAAUACUAAACUCCUGAACCAGGGGUUUUAGUGAGUACAGAGGUUUUAAGAGGCCAAAUCAGCCCUGGAAGCUAAAUGAGAGUAAAAUCUGAGCUGAAAUUUUGGAAACAAGGGCUUACUUUCCACUUGCUGAAUCAGCACACAUUUCAAAACUCAAAUGAAAGAUUGAAAAGUAAAACGCCCUUUUUUAAUUUGUGUAAAUCUUGGAUAUAGACAAGUCUUAGUUGCUUCUUGCUUUCUUCUAACAUGAGAAAAAGUUAAGAACCAAGUAAGACUUGUAGGGAAAGGCUACCAAAUCCAAUCCAAGUUUCUAAUAACAGAAACCUCAAGGACCCAUUUUGUUCCAAAGAGCAAUUAAAUGAUUCAUUAAAAUCUCUUUCCUGGAACACUUAUCAUUUGGCCAGCAUAUUUACUUUCUACUAUGAUCUGCUUUCUCUGAUGAAGGCAUCCUGGCCCCAAAAGGUAUUUUUACCUCAGACUAGUCUGACCUUGAUAUUUUCAUUCACCCUGAGUCAAGCAUGUGUGCUAAUAUAGUGUUAAUCAACAAUUAACCCUCAGGUAGCCAAGAACUGAAGCUCUUAAAAGAACAGGCCAGCUUAGAUUUAGCCCCCCCUUCAAGGAUAGGAGGCAGUGCCACACAGUAAAUUUACAGAUGUCUCUCCAAAUGUCAAAAACAAAAUUGGAAACUGUAGAAUUGUUAAUGUGUCCUAUGGACUCGAUAGCAGAGUUUAUUUUUGUUUUGAAUAGCAAGGCUUCUUGAUUCAAUGAUUGUAAAAAGUUCCUUACUCUGCCUAUGCUUGGGCCCAGACAAAUGCAAGAAAAUACCAUGAGAUCUGACUGGACAAGGGUGUUUUUUUACCCCAACUGGGCUCCCAUGUAAACUCAAGCAGAGGUUUGACAAUAGUCACUUAAUGAGAACUUUUUGGGUGGGUGGGUGGGAGUGGGAGGGAGGAAGGCCAGAGCAGAGGGUUGGGGGGAGGGGAGCUUUACUUUAUUGAUAAAGCUUUGUGAACUAAUUUUAUACAAUUCAUAAAAUUUGGUGCCUUGUAUCCAGUUUGGUUUGCAUGGGACACGAGAUUUAAGGGAAGGAUCUCCUUAUCAGGCAAGAGACAAAGGAGUUUGCGUGGUUUUUCAAGGAUUUUUAGUAUCGCUUUUUUUUUUUUUUUUUUUUUUUAAUUUUAACAUUUUAUACCCGUAUGAAUGUAAGUUCUUACCAGCAGUUGUUCUCAGUGUGGUAUAUUUUAUUAUAUGUGUCUCAAAUCUUUAUAUCUGUGAUUAUUCAAAGACAGAUUCUUCCCCUCUCCCUUCUUCCAACUUGUCCGUUAUAUAUAUGGUAAUUCAAGCCUUUCCUAAUCAGAGUGGGAGGGCUAUCUCCCCAAACUCAUCCAGUCUUUUUUUAGGAAACAUGUUCAAAGAAGAAGGUGCAAAGCACAAAUUUUUAGAAAAGACCUUUUAAAUUUUUAACAAGGACAGAAAUGGUGUUAGAAGUUGAGUUAAAAGCAACACAAAAUUGUUUCCUCCUGUAAUGGAGCAAGUAUGGACUGAAGUUCUUUGCCCAGAAUUGGAUGCAGUAGCAAAACAUGCAACAAUCCCCCACAUGUGAAUAUUAAGUUAUCAUGUAGGCUCAGCUGUAAUAGGCUCAACUUUCCUACCCCUAAUCUCCUUCCAUCCCAUUGUAAAUCCCUUGAAGAAGAAAACCACAAGCAGACAUGGUGUGCUCAGUAGAACCAGAUGUGGGAGUAAAGUGAAAGAGGCUAGUAAUCUUCCAUUAGUCUCUGGCUUAUUAAUUUUAUCCUUACCAAUAGUGUUAAUAUUCUAUAUAUGAGAAAAGGAUUCCAUGAGAUGAUUUUCAAUUACCUCACCAUCUAAAAACCACUUGACAAUUUGUAUCAGUUUUUGAGAGUGGUGUCUUUGACAAAGCUUCCAUAGCAGUUCUCCUGCAAAGGAGGCUAUCCAUAUAUACCUACAUAGUGGGUGAAUUUCAAGGUCAUGUUUUUUUUUAAGUUUCUAAAUGUUUUUAUUUUAAAUGCAGUAUUUGCUCUUUAGCACAGAUCUUUGACUUCAACCAGUUUAUCUAUAGGAAUCUCACAGAAAGCUUUUACAUGUUUUUAACAUACUUUUACAUUAGCUACAAAACUUUAAAACAAAGGGUGAUUUUUUUUUUUUUCUGCUUAUUCUGCUUCCCGUAUCUUGGAUCUAAGAAAACAUUUUCCAAUAUCCAAGGGGCCACUUUAAGACAGCAUUUUUUUUAAAGCAAUGAGUCACAACCUCUAUAAGACUGAAGGGAUAUCAUACAAAUUUGGCUUGGAGAAAAUGAGGUAUUGACAAUUGGAUAGGAAAUAGAAAACAGUUAUUUCCCACAACUGAUGGGUGAUUACAGGAAACUGACUUGGUUUCUUUUUGGAAUUUGCUGCAUCAUCAAUUGUACUGGCACCAAAUUAUUACUCUCACAGGAUCUGUUUUAUACAGAACCUUCCCACCCACCUGCAUUGUUGGAAAAAAGCCUAAAUUCUCCCCCAAAAGUUUUCUUAAAUGUUAAUAUUAAGGUGCUGUUAAGAUUAAAUUUUAACUGAUCUUUUUUGCAAUGUCCUAAGAACUUUUACUGAAUUUUGAUUAAAUAAAUUAUUGCAAACAAAUUAAUCACAGCUUAUCAAUAGAUCUGAUAUUUUAAAUAAGCUUUAAUUUUUGUAGAGUACAAAUAUUUUUUUAAGAUCAUGUGUUGGUUGGUAUUAAGACUGGGCCAUGCUAUUGCCUACAAUGUCUACCAGGACUGUUAUUUGCCUGCACUUUGGUGCAGUAGCAUGAUCUUUGUCUCAUCUACUCAUUUUAACAGUGCUUUUUAGAUCUGCAGUAAGAGUAUCACCAUCUCCCCAAAACUAACCCAGAGAGAGCCUGAUUAAUCAGAUUUUCUGCUGCAAAGCAGAUCAUAGUCUGACACAUUCAUUUUAUAAGUGAGGAAAAUGAGACCCAGAAAGAAGUUUACUCUACCUCCUAGAUAGUAAUAGCAUUCUCUUAUUCACAGAAAAAUACUAUCCUUUUGUAUAUUCCUAUUGGGAUUUGCUGUACUAGGAUCUAAGAAGAAAAUUGUCUUAUCUGUUGAGACAAAUGGCAGGAUUAGAAUUCUGACAAUGAAUGAAGGAAAAACUAUAUAUUCUAUCAUCGAGGUAAAAAUAAGUUCCAUGAGGGUGCACUUUGGAUUGUAUUUCAAAUCAUAAAACAGAUGCUUCAUAAAAGUCUGUUGAACCAAAAGCAUCUGCCCCAGGCAUCUGGCGCUUCAGGAGAUUCCAUUCCAAUUACUAUGUUCAAAGCACUGUGUUAAAAAGGAAAAAGCUGAGUAUAAAUUCCAGAGCUAAGGAUCCAAACAUAUCGGACCUUCCAAACCUGAUCUAUGAUGAAAGCUAUUUACAAAUUAAAGCCUUAAUGGACUUAGGCCUAUAAUUGGCUAUACCCAGCCUCUUUACCUAACUUUUUUUUUUCUUUUACAAAAGUCUCUGUAAGACUUGUAUUCCUCUCUAGUAACAAUUUAGUCUUUAAUGAUCCCAUUUGCCCCAGAAACACAUUUCUGAAGACAGCAGCUGAGAUGGCAUCUAUACUUUCUAUUUUUAAUCAAUAGAAAAUUUUCCUUCAUUACCAGGUCGGUCUCUUUGCAUAUUAAGUUUAUAAAGAACCUUGAGCUCUACAUUCUAUAUACUUAUUAGUUUCAGCAGUGUUUUUUUCAAGUGGAGUCCUUUUCAUGCUAAGAUAGAAUGGCCUUUCUUCCUCAAUGGCCUCAUGUAUAAAACACAUUCAUGCACUUCUCUGCCCUGUCUCCAGACUUGAACCUGUAUUCCAACAAGUUCUGGUGGCAACUCUUAAAACCUGCCUAAAGCCCUAAAAUGCUAUGCAACACCAAACUGGUAUCCUCCCUAUCCCCCCACCCUCCAAGCCCUGCUCACAAUUUAUGUUCCUCUUCAGUGAGUUUCAUCCCACAAUUAACAAUUUCUGGUGGUUGCAGUUUGCCUGGUUAGGAUUUUAAGUUUUGUUUUCCUGUUAAAUAAGCAGCUAACAAGUCCCCUCUUAAAACCCACGAUGGGGGCCUGUUCCAUUCUCUUUUGGAUGUGAAAUAUGAAUCAUGUUUUUAUGAUUUUUGUAAAUCUUUACUCUUUUUACACAUUGUUUUUUGUAAGCUGAAGUUUCUUAUUAAAAGAAUAAAAUCCCAGGGUCUUUGUUGACUGUCUUUAUUUCAAACAUUUUAGGAGGAAAAAAUUAUUUUUAAUAACCGAAGAGAACAGCAAAUGCCAUUUGUAACACACAGUGGCAUCUGCUCAACCUUCAAGGAUUUGUAAGAUAUGUACAAUAUAUGGAGCAAAGGCAACAUACACCCCACACCAUGCCUAAGUAGAGACUGAAGCUAUGGCUGAUCAUA